AAUCGAUUCAUGCUCCGAUGGCUGCCUGCCUGAGACUGGACUAGGCACACGUGGCACGAAACACAACAUACACCCGAUCGAUCAUCCAUUCAAUCUUACCUCAAGUUGUCAUUUUGUAUUGCUCACACCAAUCACUUGCAAGCUUCGCAAUGUCACUUCUGAGCCUAUCGAAUGAAUUGCUUUACUGCAUAUUGGAAAGUCUCGAGUCCGAGAGAGACAUCAACGCUCUCGCACAAGUCAGUCGUCGCCUAUACCGCUUGCUAAACACCUGCCUUUAUUGUUUCAACAUACGGUAUUCCGGAUGCUCAGCGCUGCUUUGGGCUGCCCAAGAGGGCCAGAUAGCAACAGCUCGAAAAUUACUGGACGAAACAGAUGACGAUCAAGUCAGCAGCGACCAGUUCAGGAUAUCACUCUGUGUGGCAGCAGCAAAUGGCCAUGCGGAGAUUGUAGAGCUACUCCUUGAUAAAGGUGUUGAUGUCAACGCGCAGAGCAUCGCCGUAGACGACGGAGAUGUAGAGUACAACAGCACCUUCGCGCUCGAGGCAGCCUCAGAAAGAGGCCACGAGCACAUCGUAACGCUGCUGCUUAACAGGGGUGCCAAUAUCAAUGCGCAGAGCACACAUUAUUUCUCCAAGCAAGAGCAGUUCUACGCCAGCAAUGCACUUUGCGCAGCUUCAGAAGAGGGACAUGAGCGGAUUGUAAAGCAGUUACUUGACAAUGGCGCCAACGUCAACAUGCGUGGUGGAUACUGCGGCACUGCGCUUCAAGCAGCUGCAGCAGGUGGUUAUGCACAAAUUUCGAAACUGCUACUUGACGCAGGUGUCGAUGUGAAUGCGUGCGGCCAAUACUACUGGAAAUGGUGGUGCGAAUUUCUUGACAGCAACGCACUGUGUAUAGCUUCUGAAGAAGGCUACGAGCAUAUAGUGGAGCUACUCCUGGACAAAGGCGCGGAGACCGAGAUGCAGGGCGGUCAGUACGGCAACGCUCUCGUGGCGGCUUCAGCUAGCGGCUAUGAAAAGGUAGUAGAGCUGCUGCUGGACAAAGGUGCUAAUAUCAAUGCACUGGGCAAAGAACCCACCAUAGAUGGCGAUGUGUAUACAGAGAUCAGCGCACUUCAAGCAGCUUCAAGAGAAGGCCAUAAGCAAGUAGUAAAGAUGCUGGUGGCGAGGGGUGCUACAGGCAGCACCAUGCAUAGAUGAAAUGACCAAAGCACUCCAGGAGCCGUUGCAACAAACCCAUUAUCGCGUACGCUUUGUAAUUCUCUCGUACAAGCUACCAAGUUAAUUUCAAAAUAGCUAGUGUAUUAUGUGAUUGCGCUAUCCAAUCAUGUAUCUUUGCACUAUCUUGUACUCCAUCGGU